GCAGAAGAGGAAGAAGUCGUAGUUUUUUUUUUUUACUACGUCACUUCCUGUUAGGCAAAGCGUGUCUGCUGCUAACACGAGAAAAGUAGAGCUAAUUUUAGGAUUUUAACGUUAUAACGACAGCAUUUCUUUCAGGAAUAAUGACGGAGGACGGUAGGACAGAGGACUACCCUCACGAAAUAGACGAGCAGCUCACAGGCUUCGACUCUUCUGGUUCGUCUGUUAAAACCAUGUUGGAGAAGCUGAUGUCCAUGCCCAGAAACGAGCUCAUGCAAAAGCUGGACCCCUUGGAUCAAGCCAAGCUGGAUCUUAUGUCCGCCUACACCCUGAAUUCAUUAUUCUGGAUGUACUUGGUAACACAAGGAAUGAAUCCAAGAGAUCAUGGAAUUAAACAGGAGUUGGAGCGAAUAAGGACUUACAUGAACAGAGUGAAAGAGAUCACAGACAAGAAGAAAUCCGCUCGUCUUGAUAAGGGAGCUGCUGCACGCUUUGUCAGGAGCGCUCUCUAUGAACCAGAUGAAAAAGACUCAAGGAAAAAAGGAGCGUCCAAGAAAGCAACACACACAACAUCUGACAACCCACAGACAAAGCGUCCAAAGCUGAGCUGAGGUGAAGGAGGACCUCCACAGACAGGUUUCAAAGCAUUUUGUACCACUUUGGGGGACAACAAACACUUUUUUACUCACAAGGCAACAACAUAUCUUUAAGCUUUUAUUAUUUAGAGUGAUACAAGAAGACAUGAGGCAUACAGAACAAGUACACAAUGUCAUUUAUCUGGGAUGCUCACUCAGAUUCUUGAUGACUCUGCAGAAGUCAGUAAACGGUGCUUGAUGUGAAAGAAACACAAAACUAAUCACCAUAUUUGGCUAACUUCCCAGUUUUUACACACUUCUGCUAAAGGUGAUAGGGUUAUCAAAAAGAUGUUGCUAUCACUGAUAGCAACAUCUUUUUGAUUUGACUUACUCACUUUUAAAGAUCACUGUGUUGCUGAGAUUUUGUGUAAUUCUGUCAGGUUCCAAAACAAAUGAACAAUUACAGUUUUCAUCAGCAAAGUGAGUAGAAGUGACAUCAUCAGGUAAGAUGAUGUGUUUUUCAGAUUUUAUGAAUCCUUUCUUAGAUAGUGAGAGGUCUUUUUUUUUCAUCACUUUGAAAAUGAUUCUAUGAAUCAUCAUUUUCUAUUUUGCAGUUUCUUAUGUGUUUGACCUUGUAUUGUUUAAAGUUUGUCUGAAUUAUUUUGAGCAUAAAAACACUCACCAGAAAUGA